AUGAAUACAGUGUGCACUUUAUAUGAAGCCAUAACCCGAAAAACCGGAUCCCACAAUCAAAUUCCGGCCACCGGAGCCCGAAAAACACGCCUGAACAGCCACUGGAAAGGCCUCACGAACUGGGCUCGCUUUUUCCUCCACAACCAAAUAGCCGCAUUAUAUUGCUCGUUUCGUAUUUUCCGAGUCGAAGCCCUCCAAUCGUACUUCUCCAUCUCCAAACGGGCCGCGCGGCCUAUAAACUCCCUAAGCUCACGAUCCUUCAUAAGUGGCCUGAGCUUGCUCAGGCAGUCGUUAAGGUCACCCGGGUUGUACAGAUAUCCCGUUUUCCCUUGCUGCUCGUCUGGUAAAAUGUCCGUUAUGCCCCCAGCCCUGGCCGCAACCACAGGGAGCCCUGAUGACAUGGCCUCGAGCACGACUAGGCCGAGCGUCUCGGAUUCCGAGGGCAUGACGAAAAUGUCCCCGCUGGCGUAUGCCUGUGACAGCUCAUCUCCGUGGAGCGUGCCCGUGAAUACAGCUGGCAUGUUCGAAAACAUUUGCUCCAGCUCGUCCCUAAUGGGGAAAAAAGGGUUAGGGGUACCGUUUAAGAAAAUCCAAACUCUUCUCGACUCCGAGCCGUCCUACGUGAACGAUUAG